AUGGCCAAUAAUUUUGACGGCGAUAUACCUGAAGACAUAGUUAGAGAAAUACUUUUGCGGCUUCCCGUGAAACUAUUGUUACAAUACACAUCGGUUUGCAAGACAUGGCUAUCCAUAAUCACAAGCCCGGAUUUUAUAAGCUCUCAUACUCACCGGGCUUUGAUGGUUUCUUUGAUAGAUCCCACACUACUCGCUAUUAGAGGAGUUGAUGAACUAAUAAUAUCUGGAGUUGAUGAACUAAUGCUAUUUUCUCGGGCUCGGGGUGGACUAACUAAUAAUAAUAAUAAUAAUCAUUCAAAUACUAAGUUUGAUCGCCUUGUCGUGCCUCAUCUUUUUGGCAUCAAACCUUUAGUCGUAAAUUCUUGUAAUGGCAUCAUCUGUCUUGCUAAUUUGGCUAAUCAGAAUGAUUUAGUCUACUUAUGGAAUCCGUCGAUCAGGAAGUGUAGGAAACUUCCUGAUCCUCCUAGGCGGCGCAGUUUUAGAUUUAAGAUAGGGUUUGGUUAUGAUUCUAUCUCAGCUGACUACAAGGUGGUUAGGUGCGAUUAUGAUUAUGAUUAUUUAAGGUAUUUUGAAGCCAAAGUGCAUGUGUACUCUACGAAUGCUGAUUGUUGGAGAAAAAUUAGGCCUAAUAUACCUCUAGAGUAUCAGAGAUUAGGGAGGGCUAAUCUUGUUGUGAAUGGGGUAGUGUAUUUUCAAGACAAUGAUGAGCUUAUAUCAUUUGACCUGCACAAAGAGAGUUUUGGACGAAUUCCACUUCCUGGCUCUCGUCGACUACAGCUGUCAUAUGUCUUGGAUUUUGAAGGCGCGGUAGCUAUGGUAUUUGGAUAUGUUGGUGAUGAAGUAGGAGCUCAUCUAUGGACAUUGGAUGAUGUUUCUGGCCAACUACCUUGGACCAAAAGAUUUAGCAUUGAUGCUGAUAUGGACUCAGGCUUAUGGCUAAGAUGUUAUCUGCGCGGAGAACAAUUUUGUGGAAGAAUCACAAACAAAAAAACUUACGAUGUGUAUAACAUCUUGUAUAACUACAAGAAGAAAGAGACUAAACUUUACAGAAUUGAUCGAGAUGACUCCACUGUUUUAACAGGUAUGAUACACACAGAGACACUUGUUUCGCUUGGUGGUUUUGAACAAUUGGAGUGA